AUUUUUAUUAUAUUAUUACACACUUUUUAUUUUAUUUUAUUUUAUUUUAUUUUAUUUUAUUUUAUUUUAUUUUAUUUUAUUUAUAAUAAUAUUAAUAAUAUUUUAAAAUUUUACUUGAUGAAUCUUAAAUAUUAUUAUUUUAUAAAUUUUUUUUUGUUAUUAUUUAUUUUUUAUUACUCUCUAUAAAAAUUAAUUUAAAUUUUUUAUAUAUUAUUAUUACCU